AUGAUGAAAAGUUCAAUUGUCUUCAGUUCACAGCCACGAUCUGUUGCUGUCGGUGAUUUUAAUAAUGAUCAUCAAAUCGAUAUGGUUGUAGCGAAUUCUGGUACAGAUACUAUUGGAAUAUUUCUUUCACAAGACGAUGGAACAUUUACAAAUCAACAAGUAUAUCCAACUGGAUUCAACUCUAAUCCUCAUUCGCUUGCUAUUAAUCAUUUCAAUAAUGACAAUUAUUUAGAUAUUGCUGUUGCUAAUUAUGGUACGAAUAACAUUGGGAUAUUUUUAGGAAAUAAAAAUGGAACAUUUUCUAAUCAAAAAGUAUUUUCACUUAAUUCUUCACGUCCAUUUUUUAUUACUAUUGGUGAUUUCAAUAAUGAUAAUAAAAUGGAUAUUAUUGUAGCCAACUAUGGUACUAAUACUAUUGGUAUUCUUCUUGGAAAUGAUAAUGGAUCUUUUCAAGAUCAAAUAACUUAUUCUACUGGUUAUGAUUCUCUUCCAUAUGCAUUAGUGGUUGGUGAUUUCAACAAAGAUAAGCAAUUAGAUAUUGCUGUAGCUAAUUAUGGUACUGACAAUAUUGGUAUUUUUCUUGGAUAUGGUAAUGGAUCAUUUGGAAAUCAAAAAACUUAUACAACUACUCUGAAUUCGAAUCCAUCUUCUAUGGCUAUCGGAGAUUUAAAUAACGAUAAUUAUCUCGAUAUUAUAGUUGCAAAUUCUGGUACUGGCAACAUUGGUAUAUUUCUUGGAUAUGAGGAUGGUACAUUUUCAACACAAAAUACGUUUUCGAUAAGUUCCAAUUGUCGUCCACACUAUGUCAAUGUAGGUUACUUUGAUCAGGACAAUCAACUAGAUGUUGUUGUUGUUGAUUCAGAAAACGAUCAAGUACAUAUUCUUCUACAAUAUGAUAAUGGAACAUUUGCUACAAUAACAACAUAUGAUGCAAUAUCUGGAUCUAGUCCAUUCUUUGUUGCUGUUACAAACCGUAAUAACGAUAAUCAAUCAGAUAUUGCUAUAGUCAACUAUGGUACUAAUGAUGUACUUGUAUUUAGUAAAUAUUUUAUAAAACCAUCGACAAGACAAAGAAAUUAUAGGAUUGGACAAGAUUCUCGCCCGUCUUCCAUUGUAACUUUUAACUUUAACAAUGAUGAUCAACCAGAUUUAUUGGUUAAUAAUUUCAACGAUGAUAAUUUACUAAUACUAACUGGUAAUAAUGAUGGAACUUUUGAGCAAACAAGAGCAUAUUCGACUGGAAGUAAAUCAGCUCCAAAAUGUUUAUGUAUUGGUGAUUUAAACAACGACAAUCGAAUGGAUAUUAUCAGUGCAAACUUUGGUUCUGAUAGUGUUGGUAUUCUGCUUGCAGAAGACAAUGGAACUUUUUCUAAUGUGACAACUUACUUUGUGGGCCUCGGUUCUACACCGUUUUCAGUUGCUGUUGGAGAUUUUAAUAAUGAUAAUCGAUUAGAUAUUGUCACUGCAAAUUACGGAUUUGGCGGUUUUAGUAUUCUUCUUGGCCAUGGGAAUGGGACUUUUGCUAACGCCAUGACGUACUUUACUGAUAUUAUCUUUGUGCCGAUAACAGUUGUUGUCGGCGAUGUCAACAACGAUAAUAAAUUGGAUAUUGCUAUCGCUGAUUCCGGCUCUAACAAUGUGGGUGUUCUUCUCGGACAUGGGAACGGUACUUUUUCUAAUCCAAUGAUGUAUUAUGUUGGCAGUUUUUCUAGUCCAAAUGUCAUUAGACUUGCUGAUUUGACUAAUGAUAAUCAUUUGGAUAUUGUUGUCACUACUUUAGAUGGAGGCUUUGUAGGUGUUUUUCUCGGAUAUGGAAACGGAACAUUUCAAGAAAUCACAAUCUAUUGGGUUAGUUUUACUUCAUCUCUUUACGGCAUUGCUAUUGCUGAUUUCAACAAUGAUUAUCGCCUUGAUUUCGUCGUGGCUGAUAUUAUAAAUGACAAAAUAAUUAUCUUUUAUGGAUAUGGAAACGGCAGUUUCCAACUUGCAAGGACAUAUUCUACUGGUUUUGGUUCGAAUCCGUAUGCCAUCACCACUGCCAAGCUGAGGAACAGCAAUCAAAUAAAUAUCAUUGUUACUCUAUGGGGUACUGGGAAUGUUGGUGUUUUAACUGAAUAUGUUGCUGCAGAAUUUGCAAAUCAAGAAACAUAUUCAACUGGUUCAGCUCCACAACCUUAUUCUGUAACUGUUGGUAAUUUCAAUGAUGAUAAUUACAUAGAUAUAGUCAUCGUCAAUUCAGGAAGUGAUAAUUUAGAUAUACUUUUCAAUUCGGGUAAUGGUACAUUUAAAACACAAGUGACAUAUUCUCUCGGUACUAAUUCAUAUCCCCGAUAUGUUAUCGCUGGUGAUGUUAACAAAGAUUAUUAUUUAGAUAUAGUUACUGUUAAUUCAAAGAAUAAUAGUAUCAGUGUAUUAUUGGGAUAUGGUAAUAGAACUUUUGAUAUUCCAAGGAUGUAUUCAACUGGAGAAAAUUCAUAUCCAUUGGCAGUAGCUAUGGGUGAUUUUAAUAAUGAUAAUCGAUCAGAUUUAGUUAUUGCUAAUGCAGGCACAGAUACUAUAGGUGUACUUCUUGGAUUCAAUUACACAUCGUUUCAAAGUGGAAACACUUAUUCCAGUAAUAAUACUCAAGGACCACAGAAAAUCAUUACUUGUGACUUCAACAAUGAUAAAUAUCUAGAUGUUGCUGUUACUUUUUCCAGUAGUAACAACAUAGGUAUUCUUCUUGGAUACGGUAACGCAAGUUUUGGUACCAUGAUGACUUAUUCGACUGGAACUAAUUCAACACCUCAAUCAUUGGCUGUUUAUGAUUUUAAUAAUGAUGGACAAUUGGAUAUUGUCGUUGCUAAUUCAGGUACUGAUGACAUAGGUAUCCUUCUUGGAUAUGGUAAUGGUAGUUUCUCUAGCAUGAUAAGAUAUUCAACUGGAAAACAUUCUGGUCCGGCUGCGGUCGUCUUAACCGAUAUAAACAAUGAUGGCCGAAUAGAUAUUGUUGUGGCCAACUAUGCUACUGACAAUAUAGGUAUUCUACUUGGACGUGACAAUUUAACUUUUAAUACCAUAGUGACUUACUCGACUGGAGAUAAUUCGCUCCCUAUAUCUGUUGAUGUUAGUGAUUUUGACAAUGACGGUCAAAUGGACAUCGUCGUUGCUAAUCAUGGUACUAGUAGUAUCACUAUUUUUUUAGGUUAUGAAAAUGGAAGGUUUACAACUCAAGUGAAUUAUUCAACAGGUUAUCAAUCUUGGCCAUCUUGGAUAACUAUUGGAGAUUUCAAUAGAGACAAUCGACUUGAUAUUGCUACUAGUAAUUUUAAUCUGAAUAGUGUCGGUAUUUUUCUAGGAUAUGGCAAUGGCACUUUCACUCCUGUCACAAUAUUUUCCACUGGACAUGGUUCUGCUCCACAACAUGUUGAAGCUCGAGAUUUUAAUAAUGAUGGCAUAUUAGAUAUCGCUGUCGCUAAUUAUGGAAGUAACAAUAUUGUUGUGUUAUUUGGAGUUGGAGACGGGAGUUUUCUACUAGGAACACCAUACCAAACUGGUCCAGGAUCUGGACCAUGGGGGUUAGUUAUUGGUGAUUUUGACAAUGAUACUAAGUUAGAUAUUGCCGUGGCAAAUCUAGAAUCAAAUAAUAUAUACAUCGUUCUUGGAUAUGGCCAAGAACUUUAUGGCAGUGUAACAUUAUAUAGUAUGGACUUUGGAUCACAGCCAUACUCAGUCGCUAUUGGUGAUCUGAAUAACGAUGGUCAAUCAGAUAUUGUCGUAGCUAAUUAUGGUACCGACAAUGUAGGUAUUGCACUUGGACGCAGUCAUGGAGUUUUUGAUAUUAUAAGAACAUAUUCAACAGGAGUUGGUUCUGCUCCAUAUUCUGUUGCUAUAGCUGAUUUUAAUAACGACAAUCGAUUGGAUAUUGUUGUUAGUAAUUCUGAAGCUGAUAAUAUUGCUAUUCUGCUAGGUUCUGGUAAUGGAACGUUUGUAACUCGAGCAACAUACUCAACAGGUGCUCUCUCUCGACCAUAUACAGUUGCCAUAGCUGAUUUUAAUAACGAUCAUAUACCGGAUAUUGCCAUUGCGAAUUCUGGUACUAACAAUAUAUUCUUACUUUAUGGAUAUGGGAACGGUCUUUUCGGAAACGAAACUAUCUAUACUCUAGGUUAUGGAUAUCUUCCAUACUCGCUUGCAAUACAAGACUUCAAUCAAGAUGGUUGGAUGGGCAUUGCCAUUGCUUGCUAUGGCACAGAUCAUGUAGAAACUCUAAUAGAAAUGUGUUAA